UGAAGAAGUGGCAUUUACGAGACAAUCGCAGCUACUGCAACUGCAAUUCCUGCUUCUUCGAGAAAAGUAUUUGUCUUUUUUCACUUUCACUUUCACGUAAAGAUCGCGGAAAACAGUGGCUCAAAGCGAAAUACCAGAAAAAAAAUACCGACAACGCAUUACAUCACGCCGAGAUUAGUGUGUCACUGGAGCGCAAACAGCGGCCUUCCUCGCCGAGCGUGUUUUCAUCUGCUCGCUUGCCGUGUUGUUUCUGCAAACAUCAAUUCCAACCAGUUUCGCUUUUAUUUUUCCGACGCCUGCCGCCGACAGACUGUGCGUCGCGACGACAGCGACGACGACGACGAGUGAAUUCGUGAUUUGUUACACAAGGGGAACAAACAUUCAGCUGCGAGGAAGCUGCGAGCUACUGGGCCUCCUAGCAGCGAUCGUGGCAACAACAACAAAUAGGCUCGUAUAGGGUUACUAGCGGCAAUUUGCAUCAUCGAGCGUCGAGCCUCAACCAGCUGAUGCGAGCUAAGCCAGUUUCAGUACCGUGCCGUGCUCUGCCUCGCGAACAUCGUUCCGAUCGAUGUGGGGGUUGUGUUAGUUUUAAAACUGCAUCUAUAGUUUAGUCGCGUGUUCCAAGUGCACCAUCCGGCGUCGACGACGUCUGUUUUGGGGAAGUUUGUAGUGACUCGCGACGGGGGUUGCAGUGAAACUGACAAGCGGCUGACAUUGACCAGGCUGUGAAUUGCGAAGUGCACGUGAAGUGUGUUCAACUUCCAGUGUUAGCUACUUUGUUGUUUGAUGCUGGUGUGAUUUUACAGUUUCUACAUCUGAGGUCGGCUGUAUUUUACCAAAAAGUUCAAAUAUGUUGUUCUCGGCGAGCGUCAUCGCCCUCGCCAUCCUAGGCUUCCUGGGAUUGAUUUCGUGGCUAUACGACAACUUAAAAUCACUUGCUCAGAUAGUAUUGUCCGUGCUAGCUCCGUACUUUGUGCCAGCGGAGAAUAAAAGCCUGGCGGAACGCUUCGGUAAAUGGGCCGUCAUUACCGGCUGCACCGAUGGAAUCGGCAAAGAGUACGCAUUUCAGCUGGCCGCCCGUGGCUUGGAUAUCGUGUUGAUCUCACGGACCACCGAGAAGCUAAUUGCCGUAGCUUCCGAGAUCGAACAGCGUUACCACGUCAAGACGAAGUGGAUCGCCGCGGACUUCAGCCAGGGACGACCCGUCUUCGAUAAGCUCAAGCAAGAGCUGGCAGGAAUUCCGGUCGGAAUAUUGGUUAACAACGUCGGUACGAAUGUGGACUUUCCGGAUGAUCUGGAGAAUGCACCCGAGGACAAACUGUGGGACAUCAUCAACAUCAACAUCGCCACCGCAACGAUAAUGACGAGGAUAGUGCUGCCGGAGAUGAAGCAACGCCGUCAGGGUGCAAUCGUGAAUAUCUCCUCCGGUAGUGAGCUGCAACCGCUGCCAUACAUGACGGUCUAUGCAGCUUCCAAGGCUUACAUGCAUAACUUCACCCUAGCGAUGCAGCACGAGCUGGAACCGUUCGGCAUAACGUGUCAACUGGUCAGUCCGCUGUUUGUGACCACCAAGAUGAACAGCUUCUCUGACACCGUGAUGGCCGGCGGAAUCUUCAUCCCGAGUGCGAAAUCGUACGCAAAGUGUGCCGUCUUUACGUUGGGCAAGACAAAACAAACCACCGGCUACUGGUCCCAUGGUAUCCAGUAUUGUGUAAUGGGUCUAGCACCAGAAUGGAUUCGGACAACUGUUGGCGGUAUUAUGAACAAACGAUUCCGGGAGGAGUACUUUCAGCAACAGCAGCAAUCCCCGGCUAAAGUGAAAUGAAGCUGCGCAGUCAACAAGGGGCGAGCUAACAUUCUAUAAUUGCAUUUCCGUAAAGCUAAGCGUAGAUACCGAUAUGCUGGUUACAUAGAGCAUACAGCAUAGUCAUUCCACGGCUUGUUAUCGUACAGUUUUUGUGGAAAUUAGCAUAAGACUUAUUUGCUUUUAGUUACCUUUCGUUACCAGUUCUGCUAGUAAAAU